AUGUGCUUCAGGACACGAGCCAAGAGUCUAACCGACGAUUCCCAGGCGUACUAUGUCGCGACCGUAUUCUACUACCUUGGCCUGUUUACGGCCAAGGUGACGUUCCUCUUCCGAUACCAGAAGCUUCUGGCCAGCACUUGGGGCCAGAAUCGCUGGUUCCUAGUUACGUCGGCUUUCAUCGGCGUCACCAGCUUUGCAGAGUUUAUCGUCAACCUAUUCGCUUGCGUCCCGCUCGAGGGCUUCUGGGACACGGCCGUCGACGCCCGCUGCAUCCCGGAGCAGCCAUAUCGAUACUUCUUUGUGGGCAUCGACGCCAUCGGCGCCCUCUUCAUCCUGCUGCUGCCCGCCCUGUUCCUGCACACCAUGUCCGUGGGCCGGCCCGAGGCCGUCGUUGUUGCUAUCGUCUACGCUCUCGGUCUCUUCGUCGUCAUCCUCCAAUUCGUCCGCAUCCGCUACGUGGACCUCGGCGUCAACUUCACCUGGGUCAACGCGGACCGCGCCGCCCUGAUGAUGGCCGAGCUCUCCGUGGCCCUCUUGUGCUCCUGCGCGCUUCUUCUGCAUCCUCUGGCGGAGCGCCUCAUGCCCCGUUGGUUCUGCGCUUUAGAGUUUGACAGGUGGGAUGGUGGAAAUAAUGCCGGUAUGGGCUAUAGUUACGGACCUGGGCCCACUGGUGACGCCUUGAGAACGCCAGAGGCGCCCGUCUUUGACAGCAGGAUAUUGGGUUUCCACACAGGACGCCAGCAGCGACAGCAGCGACGGUGGUCGAUCUCGCCUUUUGGAUAUGACCACACUGCCGCGCUCUAUCCCCGGAGCAGCUCGGGCUUCAGUCCAUUCCUCGCCGAUAACAGCACCGUCAGGUCACUUGACAACGGACCCAAGAUAUUGAUGCAAAAGAUGCUCAACCACACCCCACGCAGCCACGACAACCUCCCGCUCCGCCGCCCUCCCGCCGAACACACGCAAGCGCAGCAACGGCAGCGGCAGCCCCGGUGGGUCGACGACAGCGGCGAUGCCUCGGACGAUGUCAUGGGCCUCCAGUCGGCCCGCAGGGGCCUCAGGCACACCAGCUUCGGCGCGCGCCGCGGCACCGCGAGCGAGGGCAACCUGCGGACCUUCUUCGCCGCCGCCCCCGCGGACAAUGGGGACGAGCAGCAGGCCCGAGCCAGCGGAAGCAGACAGCCGCAGCCGCAGCGCUUUCCGGCACCACCGCCACUGUUCGCCCAGCCCGAGCCGGUGAGGCCAUCCGGGGUCGUGGUCCCCCCGCCGCCCUGGAUGAUGGCCGGGCGUUGGGGCUCCCAAGCCCCUGCUGGAGAGCCGCUCGGACCUCCGAUCCGCUCCUCGUCUCUCAGGAGGAGGGUAGGGAACAACGCCUAUAGGGGCACUUCUAUGCCUGGUGACUGGGAUGGCGGCUCGGCCCACCCCCAAUGGCAGCAGGGCCACAAACAGCAGCAGGGCCAAGUGCCGUCCGCUCGAGCUUUCCAGCCCCCACGACCUGUAUCAGCCGAGCCCUUCAGCGAGCUGCGGCGCUCAGCCACUUACCACGCUUCUUCUUUUCCCGGAAGGUAG